GGAGGAUCUCAGGGCACAGCGCGCCUCGGCGGCCCGCCGCCUCUGCCGCGGGGCUGCUGGCGGACCUGUCUGAGACGGGCGUGGACGCCCCAGCGCCCGCGGAGCUCGGGCAGAGCGAGGGCGACGAAGUGGUCGCCCAGGUGGACCAGGUCUUCAUUCGCUACGAGCCCGGGAACUUCGCGGAGCUCCUGCUCGACACGCUGCACAGGGAGCUGACGGACCCGGACGGCAGGCCCCGCCGCGUCCUGGUUCUCUUCCCGACCACGCGGUGGCUGCAGUUCUUCUAUGUGCUGCUUAAGCACCACGCCGGCUUCUCGGCGCUGUGGGCCCUGCACUCGAAGCUCUCGGACGACAAGGCGCCGCCGCCGCCGCUGCCUUGACACUCUCCCUGCCGCAUCCUGGUCAAGGCCAGGCCUGGCAGGGAGGAAGAGGAGGGAGAUGGGAGGGCAGCGUUGAAAGGCGCAGCGUGCUGCCUGCUCACUUAAGAUUUGGACCAGGCUUCAGAGAGGCGGGCAUGGGCACGUCGUGAGGCGUGAGUUGUUGUACGUGCGGGAGGCUCGUCGUCCCGCGCUCGAUUAGCUCGUUUGAGCUUUUGUAGUUUGGUGUGGCGGAUUCACUUGCGCGGAAGGUUUUGUGCAGGAGGAGAGGAGGCCGAACUCGAAGGCCCCGCCCAGGAUGCCUGCGUAGUAGCUGAUCCGGUGCUGCUCCUGGGGAGCGAACGAUCACCG